AUGCUCUCCCCAAGGAGUCGCUCGCGGGGAAGCGGGGGAACAACGGGGGAAGGGGAAACGCAGUGGCACGGAGACGGGGAGGGCGGGGCGGGGAAGGACGGGGGCGGGGCUGGCGGGGGAGCGGGUUCAGCGGAAGCGGGACAGCCGCUGCUUAUAAACGAUAAGCGGAAGUACGUGGGGAUGUGGACACGUGUGCGAUCGAGCGUGUGGAUGAUUGGCGGGUUCGCGGUGAUCGUGUACAUGGGCCACGUGUACAUCUGGGCGCUCAUCAUCGCGCUGCAGAUCCUCAUGACACACGAGCUCUUCGGGCUCGCCACGCGCGCGAUCCGGUCGCGGUCGCACCAGCAGCACGCCGCGUUUCGGUUCCUGAACUGGCACUUCUUCGUGACGGCCAUGGUGUACGUGUACGGCAGCUUCAUGCGCAAGCAGCUAAUGGUGUCGUUCACGUCGGAUGACACGCGCCCGCUGCACCGCCACGUGCUCAUAUCCUUCCUGCAGUACCACGCUAUCAUCUCCUACUCGCUCUACAUCAUAGGGUUCGUGUGGUUCAUUCUGAGUCUACGCCCCGGGCAGUACAAGUACCAGUUCGGGCAGUUCGCAUGGACGCACAUGAUCCUCUUCGUCGUCUUCUUCCAGUCCUCCUUCUUUGUCGCCAACAUCUUCCAAGGCAUCAUCUGGUUCCUGCUACCGUGCUCGCUGAUCAUAAUCAACGACUGCUCUGCGUACGUGUUUGGCUUCUUCUUCGGCCGCACGCCGCUCAUUCAGCUGUCGCCCAAGAAGACCUGGGAGGGCUUCCUGGGGGCCUCCAUCACCACCGUCGUCUCCGCCUUCCUUCUAGCAGGCUUUCUCGGGCAAUACGAGUGGCUCACAUGCCCUCGCAAGGAUCUGAGCACAGGGCCUUUGCACUGCCGCCCGGACUUCAUGUUUCAGCAGCAGCUGCGCACAGUGCCGCUCUGGCUGCGAGUCAUUGCCCCCUCGGGCCACAUGUUAAUGUCACCUUUCCAGCGCCAUGCGGUGGUAUUUGCCAUCUUUGCGUCCUCCAUCGCGCCCUUCGGGGGUUUCUUUGCCUCGGGCUUCAAGCGCGCAUUCAAGAUCAAGGACUUUGGGGAGAUGAUACCGGGGCAUGGAGGCAUCACAGAUCGCAUGGACUGCCAGAUGGUGAUGGCAGUGUUCUCUUUCAUCUACUACCAGUCCUUCAUCUCGCCACACACUGUCACUGUCGAAAGCUUGCUCUCCCAGGUGAUGUCAAUGGAGUUGGAGCAGGUGCAGGAGGUGUAUGUGCGCACGGGCAACUAUCUCCUGGGCAAGGGCGUGGACCUCUCACAACUGCACACUUCCGACCCGCACCUCUGGGGAUGA